AGCGAACAACAACUAUUAUCGUGUGCCAUUCGUCCGACAUCCAAAAAGAAGAGCAGAGCUAAAACUUACAUCUGAACAUAAAACCCUACAACAGACAGACAAAUUGCAAUAUGUUUGCCCACAAAUUGGUGCUGCUAGGCACAACACUGCUUUUGCUGAGUAGCGCAGUUCACUCGCAAAGUUCUAUUAGUUUGAAGGAUGCCCACUUUGAAGAGGCACCAAAAACUGUGGAAACAACAUCAGAGAAACCGCUGACAUCGAGCAGCAGCACCUCCACCUCAACAACCACCACCACUACAGCAGCACCCACAACUUCAACGACAACCACUGUGAAGCCAAGCUCCAGCUCAACAUCAACGACAACGACGACCAGCACCAGCACUAGCACCAGCACUGAACCACCAAAGAAAACCACUACACCUGCUCCAGUGCCAACCACCACACAUGCACCGCAACCAUAUCCAGGACCCAAGGUGGGCACAUGGAAUGCCAGCUGCAUUCUGCUCACGAUGGCCGCCCAACUGAACUUUACAUAUGAGACCAAGGAUGGAAAGAUGGCCCAUGGCCUGUACAACAUACCAGCCAAUGCCAGCAUUGGGGAUCAUGUGUGCGACAGCCAGACCAUUCAAACGAUUCAAUUGAGCUGGGGACCCACAACCUCUGUGCAAUCGAUGCUGAUGCAGUUUGACAAUAAGAAUGCAACCACUGUGCUCUCCACCAUUCAAAUCCAUUUGUCUGUGCUCAGCGAGGACUUCCCCGAUUCCAAGGAGAACCAAACUCUUCAGCUGAUUCAUCGUGGCAGUGAUGAAUUCAAGACGCCCGAGAAGAUGUCCUACCACUGCACACGCCCACAAAUGCUUAACCUGACGGAGACCGUGGACUUGAAGCCGGAGAUUGGAUGGCUCAGCGUUAGCAAUGUGCAGGUGGAGGCUUUCCGUGGUGCCGAUGCCAAAGGUUUUUCCGCCGUGCACGAUUGUGAUAGCUCGGAGACCUCGGAUGUGGUGCCCAUUGCCGUUGGCAUUGCCCUGGCCGCCUUGAUUCUGGUCGUUCUCAUCUCGUAUCUAUGCGCACGCCGUCGCUCCACCACGCGCGGCUACGUGAGCUUCUAAGCAGGGAAGAGUAUUAAUACCUCCAGCAAAUAGGGCACUUUGGAAUGGGAUUGAAACAGAGAUCGAAAGAGAGGAUAGAAAAGCGUUUGGUGUGUUUGAAAUCAGAGAGAAAAUUAAGAUUGAUUUUGAUAAUUGGAAGCCGUCGUCGUGUGAGCAAUGUGGGAGGAAUGUCAAAAAUUUUCUUUGUUUCGUCAAAAGUUCAGUUUCAGUUUUUGUUUUGUUUUCGUCUAAAUCCGUAGAACGCGCUCAAAAGAGAACAAGAAAGGGGUGGCAUAACGAGGGGAGAUAAUAUAAAAGAAUUUCAAUCUGAAGAAGAAGCUCUGUGUAAAUCUGUGUCUGUCCCCAUGUAUGAUCUUCUCCGUCUGUCGAUCUGCAAAACGAAAGUCCCCGUCUACUUUAUAGUGUCCCCCCUUAAAUUUUAAACUAACAAUAGAAGCACACACCACACAGACACAUUUUACUCAAUAAAUCACGUAAAUUUAAUUAGCGUGUGUCACACUCCGAAA